CGUGCUUUGCUUUAGCAACGCACCCCCAAGUGCUCUACAAUUUUUUCUGCAAGAAUGGAGUUUCAUUAUGCUCACCCAGACCUGCUCACUGUGGCCCAUCUCUCAGACCCUGCUUGCUCUCAGCAUAUGCUUGGACUUGGACUGAAUCAAAGCACCAACAGACAAAAUGAUGGCAACAUCAGCGCCUGUUUGGAAGACUCUUCGUGUCUGCCCGGCAGACCCCCUCGCUCUCUCUCACCCACAGGCUAACCACAGCCAAUCACAGGGGUGCAGGGGGGAGGUGUCAGAGGAGAGUCAGCACUUAAUUGGUGAUGGUAACACUGACUGGAUGACGGAAGAAGUGGAUUUCUCCUCGUACCUCCCAAACCCUCCUUCCCCUCCCUCCUCUACUAAUGCCUCCCUUCCCCCUUCACCCCUUCAGAAUGAUAUCCAGGUGCCCUCUGACUUGGAGGUCAUGACCUCUCUGCUGCAAGAGGAACUCGCCCAACUAGAGGACUACUUCCUGUCUGAGCCACUGCCCGAGAAAGGGCCGAGGCUGGGAAAAUGCGACAGGGGUCCACUGCCUGCGGGUCCUCCGCCAUUCACUCAGCUGCCAUACGCAUCAUACGCUACAUCCAACCAAUCGGAAUCCAGCCCACUUCUUGUUACCUUGGCAACCGGAGAACUGGACUUGCUCAGCAUCUGUGGCGGGCCCAUUGGGCGCUCCAAAAUUCCAAGACACGCCCCAUAUAGCUGCAGUCGACCCAGUGGGUGUGGUAGGAAAAGAGUUCCUGAUGGUUCGAGGUUCAGCGAAGGCUAUGACAGCAGUUUGCUGAGUUCCAAAGGAAGUAACUCAGGUAACUCAGCUGUGACCCUUACAGGUAAUUAUGGCUGUGUAGAGGACGACCAGGUGGUAGGGAAAAGCUACUGCUUGGGUAGUGCGGUUGAGCUCAGACGAUGUGCUGUUAUACCAAAAGAAGAAAAAAAUUGCUGUUUCACUCAAGAUGUGAUAGGUGGUGGGAAGAUUGUUGGUGGUGGAUUUGGCUUUGGUGGAUCACUGGAGGUCCCCCAUAAGAAAGAGGAUCUGUUGAUGUAUAGCAUGAGGGAAGUCAGUGGAGGUGCUGGUAACAGUGAUGUGCUGAACAGUAUCAAAACUAGUGUGGAGGUGACAAAAGCCACCGUUUCUUGGAAAGCCGACAGCAGCGAAGGUUGUUAUCUUCCAACAACAGCACAGUCUGAGGCCUACCAUAGCUUCUUGGGCAACAUCAACGAGCAGGUGAAAACAGAGAGUCUACAGAUAGCUCAGCAUGAUCUACACUGUAAUUUCCUUGAGGAUCAGGGCCCAGAGUGUCUUUUAAUGGCUAGGGAUAGUUUGAACCUGGAAUCUUCGGGGCACAGACAAGCAUGUCGGCUGAAGGAAGACCACUGUGCAAUGAAAUACGAAGUGGACAUCAUUCCAGGCGAAGGCGGGGAGCGCAAACAAAAGAAAAGAGAUCAGAACAAAACUGCCGCUCACAGGUAUCGCCAGCGAAAAAGGGCGGAGCUCGAUUCUUUGGAGGAACAACUGCACUGCCUUGAAGGGAGGAACCGGGAGCUCCGGGACAAAGCAGAGUCCGUAGAACGUGAAAUCCAGUACGUUAAAGACCUGCUGAUUGAAGUUUACAAGGCCCGUAGCCAAAGGCUUAAGCAGGACACAACAGCGUAACACCAAGCUUCUGCGAGUACACUUAGAGAGAGCGUAACAGGGAGAAUCAGCAGCUCUUUCUGUCUUUAAGUUUGUCCU